GAGUCCGGUUUCCGGCGGGAGAGCGGAGCGCCCGACGUAGGUGAGGCUGAGGCUGGGAACACGGAGCCGGCCGGGGGUUACUCUGUGCCCUGGCGCCCGCCAGAAUGCCUCACUUGGAAAACACGGUGCUUUGUCGCGAGUCCCAAGUGUCCACCUUGCGGUCCCUGUUUGGAGAGAGACAUCAUUUCAGCUUUCCAUCCAUUUUUAUUUAUGGACAUACUGCCAGUGGAAAGACCUAUGUAACACAAACUUUGUUGAAAACUUUGGAGCUCCCACAUGUCUUUGUGAAUUGCGUUGAAUGCUUUACCUUGAGGCUGCUUUUGGAACAAAUUCUAAACAAGUUGAAUCAUCUUAGUUCUUCAGAGGAUGAAUGUUCUACUCAAAUAACCUGUGAAACAUUUAAUGACUUUGUUCGCUUGUUUAAACAAAUAACCAAAGCUGAAAGUCUCAAGGAUCAGACUGUAUAUAUUGUUCUCGAUAAAGCAGAGUAUCUAAGAGAUAUGGAAGCUAAUCUUUUACCUGGGUUUCUUAGGUUACAAGAAUUGACUGACAGAAAUGUGACUGUUCUCCUUCUCAGUGAAAUUGUUUGGGAAAAGUUUCGUCCAAAUACUGGAUGCUUUGAGCCAUUUGUCUUGUAUUUCCCUGAUUAUAGCAUAGGGAACCUUCAAAAGAUCCUGUCCCAUGAUUAUCCUCCAGAGUAUUCAGCUGAUUUCUAUGCUGCCUACAUUAAUAUUCUUCUCGGAGUUUUCUAUACCGUCUGUCGAGAUUUGAAAGAGCUCCGACAUCUGGCAGUGCUUAAUUUUCCUAAAUAUUGUGAACCUGUGGUUAAAGGAGAAGCAAGUGAACGUGAUACUCGCAAACUCUGGAGAAAUAUUGAACCUCAUUUGAAGAAAGCCAUGCAGACUGUUUACCUCAGGGAAGUAUCAAGUUCACAGUGGGAAAAGCUGCAGAAAGGUGACACAGAUUCAGAACAACUGAAAGGUCUCUCAGCAUAUACUCAUGUGGAACUUCCAUAUUACUCGAAGUUUAUUCUAAUCGCUGCAUACCUUGCUUCAUACAAUCCAGCAAGAACUGACAAGAGGUUUUUUCUUAAGCAUCAUGGGAAAAUCAAGAAAACCAACUUUCAAAAGAAACAUGAAAAGACAAGCAAUCAUCUCCUCGGACCAAAACCAUUUCCAUUAGACAGAUUGUUAGCAAUAUUAUAUAGUAUUGUGGACAGCAGAGUUGCUCCAACGGCAAAUAUCUUUUCCCAGAUUACCUCUUUAGUGACCCUUCAGCUAUUAACCCUGGUUGGCCAUGACGAUCAGCUUGAUGGACCAAAAUAUAAAUGCACAGUGUCGCUAGACUUCAUCAGAGCUAUUGCUAGAGAUAGACCACUUCUGAGUGUGAUCAUGAGAACAGAAGAGAAGACCAUUGGAGGUAAGAAAGGACGGUGAACUUUGACAUAAUAAAAUACUUAUAUGAUUUCUUGUGAAAACAAGCUUCAAAGCCAUAUGGACACUGUGACAAUGACUAAGCCAAGCUGUGUUCAUCCAACUACUCAGCUGGCCAGGGAGAGGAGUUCUUUGGCUCUAUUGGAUUUGUCCAGACAGGUGCUGGCCCAGCAUGGAAUCUGAUGAAAAUACUCUGAUUGGUCUGGGUGAAUGUGAGCAGAAGACUAUUUACCAGGGACCCUGGAGUAUUUGGAAGGAACGUGUUAAUUAUAAACAGCAGGGUUUGAGCACAAUCUGUUCUACUCUUAAUGAUGUUAUCUUAACACUGAAAUUGCCUGAAACCCAUUUACUUAGGACUACAUUUUGCUCUGUGAACUAUCCCCUGCGCUUUGAGCAUGCCAGCAGCCCUUGUAUAUAAGCCCAGUCUUUUCACUUCCUCUCCACAGGAGCCUCUGCAGUUGCUUGCCAAAGCAGAUUUUCCUAAGGCCACCACUUUAAAAGAUCGUAGUUGCAAAAUAUAAUAAAUAGAAGUUUAAAAAAAAUCCAGGUUAGUAUAUGCUUAUCUUUCACCCUGAUUUUCUCAAAAGGCAAGGUAGUUGAAUCCGCUAUCAGCCAGUUUUCCACCUUGAUAACUGCGGUGUGCUUAGGUGAGGUUUAUAUGGUCCCUCGUGAAAUUAACCACCCAACUUAGCUUUUUAAUCUGCGUAAUGGUUUUCUUUUCUUUUUUCAGUCACUGGCUUUUAAGAGUUCCACAAUAAAAUUUUUUCCUGUUAUAUCAAUUAUGAAA